AUGGAGGAGUUAAGCCCGCCAGAAAAGUUUAAAAUAGCAUUAGACCUUAUAUCAAAGCUACCAGAAUUUGACGGUAAUAAUAAAUGUUUAAUUGAGUUUCUGGACAGAGUAGAUUCUAUUUCCUUUAUGGUAAAUUCAUUUGAAGACGCUGCUAGAGCAGUUCUCACAGGUUAUAUUAAAGACAAAGUUACAGGUAAGGCAAGGGGUCAAUUACAGAAACAUGGAAGACUAACAACAUGGUCUGAGAUUAGGGAUGUCUUGAAAAAUGAUUUUGGUGAACGAUUAUCAGUGGAGAAACUCAUUGAUAGUAUUCGCACGGCUAGGGUUGUGACAAAUAUAGAAGAUUAUUUUAAUAAAAUUAAUAAUUUGUUAAGUAGAAUAAAUAAUGCUUAUCUAUUAAAUAAUAACGGAAACGAUAUAAGUCAUAUGAUCGAGUCUAAUAACAGAAUUGCGCUGGAGGCAUUUAAGAAUAAUCUUCCGGAACCAACCAAGACCAUAAUACUCAGUCGUAAUCCCAAUUCAUUAAGAAAUGCUUUCAAGAUUAUUCUUGAAGUCAAUCACCAACGAAUGGGUCCUAAUAAUCGCUUUAAUGGUUUAGGUAAUAGUCAAAACAAUUUUUAUUCUAGCGGCCAAAAUACUAGGUCGAAUCAAGCAAGCCAAUCAAGUCAAAACAAUUGUAACAAUAGUACAAGGCAAUCAUUUCAAAACAAUAACCUAAAUACCAAUCGUCAAAAUAAUAAUUAUGGGUCUGGUAGUAAUUCACGUCAGAAUUUUAAUCGUAAUAGUGGCCAAUCACGUCAGAACUCCUAUUAUAAUUCGAAUCGUCAACCCAAUCAAAAUAACAGUAACAAUCAGAGCGCACAAGUCCGAAAUAACAACAACAGUGGGCAAUCGCGAAACAGCAACAGAUCCGGAGAACCUAUGGACAUUUCUCUAAAUGAACAACAAAAUGAUCGUGCUGAAAAUAAUGCAAAUUUUUCUCAUGCACAACGAAACGACUUCCCUAUAUAA